ACUCCAGGUCUUUCCCGCUUUUCUGCCCAGCAGGGCCCUAAACGACAGAAGAGACUCACCUGGCUUGGCCUUUGUCUGCCUGAGGAUGGACUCGCCGGUUUCCCGGGACCCACCCGCCUCAGGCCUUUAGAAUUAAGCUGCUGCUUUUAUUUAAAGAGGGCUUAGACCCGUCAGUCUGUUAAGUAGACGUUCCUUUUCUCACUUUCCAGGCGAAGACUCACCCCUGCACAGAGACUGCAUCUGAAGGUCCAGGCCAUGACAAAGUCCACCGAGCCACGGAUUCCCCUGGUUGUCGGCCUGUGAACAAAGAACUGCCGUUUUCUCCGUUUUGCCCUGUGUUCGCCAUGCAGAACUUUAAUUCCUGAUGAAGCUCUGGAGGCCUUUUGUAUCCUCAACAUCAGGCGUCAUCAAGUCAGUUACCUUCUUUCUGCCUUUCAAGUUACAACCUCAUCCACUUCUCUCAUUAUCCUGAGCGCCAGUUUUCUCAUCCUGCUCAUUCCGCAGCCAUUCUCACCCUUUCUUGUCCACACUGCACACUCCUGAAUGUCCAUUCUUCUCCACCACCUCUGUCUUCUCUAUACGACCUCUUUCUUUCCUGCUACAAUGCUUUGGGUAUAUAAGUAUCUCACAUUCUCCAGUUCUGGAAUCGUUUGGAAGAUUUUCUUUGUUUCUCUGUGCUACGGCAAGCUUUCUGUCUUGGGUAAACUUAGGACGAGAAUGGAGAAGCACACUUUGAUAGACCUGGAGCUUAGCAGAGAUGGAUUAUUAUUUAAUCCUCCUAACAACCCAAAGAGCAAAGACAGGCUGAGGACUGCUACCAGAAAUCUAGAAGAGAUGUCAGGGAAGCACAUGGAAGAAAUUAAAGAAGUAGAAAAUUAUGCAGAACGUGUCUGUAACUUACCAGACAAAAAGGAAACAUUUUCUCAUGGUUACGAAAAGGAAAGCAAGCAGCCUAGACAUGAGUUUAAAGGGCUCCAACUCAAACCGGAAGUGCAAAUAAAGGAGGUCGAAAUGUUGUAUCAAGAAGGCUUGUCUGAAAUAGCUCUGAGCAGCCCUAGUGAACAGAUUGCACACUUACUCAUGGAAAGAAGUACACUCUUGAGGAAACUGGAACGAGGGGAUCCCAAACCAGAAUCACAAAGAUGUCUGAGCAGUAACCUACAGAAAGAAUUUCCCCAGGAGAAAUUUGAACAAACUCACCAGCCUCUGCAAAGGGAACAUCAGAAACAUCAAGAACUUGUGCAUCAGUCUAAAAAAAGUCUGAGUGAGUCCCAUAAUGAAGACCCAGAAAAAGGUAAAAUAUCACAAAACUGCAGAGAGAGAGAUAUGGAACAAGUAACAAGGAGGUUAGGGAUGGCCCCUGAAGAGAUCCGAAGGCUCACUGAUGAACUGCAAGGGAAGGAGAAAGAACAGAGUAAAUUAGAUUCUGUACUUGAGAAGUCUCAACUAGAAAUUGAGAAAUUGAAAGAAAAUUUGAUAAAGCUGAAAGAAAAUGACUCAGUUGACCUACGGAAAGCAAAGGAACAUAAUCAGAGACUGGAUGAGGAAAUUCUGGCUUUAAGAAAUCGAGUUCGAUCACUUGACUCAGAAAGAAAGGUACUUGGAGAAGAGGUUGAAAGGCUUAAAGGAGAAAUUUGUGAAUCUCAAGAGAAUAAGCAACUUGGAAACCACUCUCCUGGAAAAAUGUAUCCAUCAUCUGGAGAAAAACUGAAAUACCAGCAGCAAGAAGAGCUACAGCAACUUCGCCAGAAUUUGCACCGGCUCCAGAUUUUAUGCAACUCAGCAGAAAAGGAGCUUCGAUAUGAGCGAGGAAAGAACUUGGACUUAAAGCAGCAUAACAGCUUACUUCAGGAAGAAAGCAUUAAGAUCAAAAUUGAACUCAAGCAGGCCCAGCAGAAGUUAUUAGACAGCGCAAAGUUGUGCUCUUCACUCACGGCUGAGUGGAAGCACUGUCAGCAGAAAAUCAAGGAACUGGAGCUGGAAGUACUUAAACAGGCUCAGAGCAUUAAAUCACAGAACAACCUACAGGAAAAGCUGGCUCAGGAGAAAGCUAGACUUGCUGAUGCAGAGGAAAAGAUUUUGGAUCUGCAGCAGAAAUUAGAACAUGCUCAUAAAGUCUGUCUCACAGACACUUGUAUUUUGGGGAAGAAGCAAUUAGAGGAAAGGAUAAAAGAAGCAAUAGAAAAUGAAGCUAAAAUAAAGCAACAAUAUCAGGAAGAACAACAGAAGAGGAAACUCCUAGAUCAGAAUAUGAAUGAGCUACAAAAGCAAGUGAAAAUCUUAAAGGAUAAAGAGAAUCAACUGGAAAUGACCAGUUCUCAGCAACAAUGCAGAAUUCAGCAACAAGAGGCCCAACUUAAACAACUGGAAAAUGAAAAAAGAAAAUCUGAUGAGCAUCUCAAGAGCAAACAGGAAUUGUCAGAGAAGCUGUCCGGGUUGCAGCAGGAGAAGGAAGCUCUACGUGAAGAGUGUGGGCAGUUUUUGAAGCAGCUUGAUGUCCAUGUGAGAAACUAUAAUGAGAAACAUCACCACCACAAAGCCAAGCUUCGCAGAGUCAAGGAUCGUUUAGUUCAUGAAGUAGAACUCCGAGAUGAGAGAAUCAAACAACUUGAAAAUGAGAUUGGAGCCCUGCGGCAACAAAUGGAAAAGGAGAAGGCAUUCCAGGACCAGAUCACCACCCAAAAUGAUAUCCUGCUCCUUGAAAAGAGGAAACUUCUGGAGCAGCUCACAGAACAAGAGGAAUUGAUCCACGGCAAUAAAUGGAUAAUAUCUUCCAUCCAGAGCAGAGUAUUUUUCCUGGAUAAAGAAAAUAAGCAGCUACAAGAAAAUAGUCUCCGGCUCACCCAGCAGGUUGGUCUCUUAGAGCGGAUCAUAAGGAGCAUCCAGAUCCGCAGAGGGGAGGAAACAACAAUUAGUGACAUCCCUGAAUUUGAAGUGUUGAAUAAAAUUGUGCCCUUACCAAACUCCAGUUUUUCAGGAACGAGUUUGGUAGAGUCAGCUGGAAAUCUUCAAGAAACUGAAGAACAUAGGUCAGAAGAAGCAAUGGUAAACCCCAAGUCCCUCGAGUCUCUUUCGUGUUCACAGAAUUCUGAAGCUGGAUACAUAAACGUGGCUUCUCUGAAAGAAAUACAUCACACCCAAGAAUAA